ACCCGGCCGCGUUCGCCGCCUCCACCAUGUCGACGUCGUCGGGGGCCAAGGAGGCGCCGGCGAACAACCCGGGCCUGCAGGCCGAGGUCAACCCCGCCACCAAGGGCUACUUCAUGCAGCAGACACUUGAAAAGCUCAUAAAUGCUAAUUCAACUGAGGUUGAUUGGGAACGUUCCUUCUAUUUGAAUUUAGUCGCUCACACGUCAUAUACUGUCACAGUGGCAUUGUGCAGUAUCAGCAAUCUUCGCAAUCGUGCAGACAAAAGCAAGCGGUUGCCUCCAAUUUACAAGGUUUCAAAAAUUGUAUAUGCAUCCCCUAGCCGUGUAAAUUUCCGCCUUGAUCAAAGAAAGGCUGUAGAGACAGUACCUGCAUAUCCGAACAUUUAUUUCUCAGUUGAUGACUUCGAUGAUCCUUUUGAUGCUGUGGUUUUGUCAGACCCAGAACACUGCUAUUGUGUGAUUCUCAAUGCGCAUGAUGGGGCAGCAUUUCCUGAAGAAAGCGAAUCAAGCAAUGUCGGUUCAAAUAUACAAUCUGGGAUCAACUCUGGGAGCAGUGGAGAGAACCCACCAAAGGUUCACUCUCUUCCUAAAUGAAGGUUUCAUCGUGAUGACCGCAGCUCUCUUCUAUGUGAUGGUAGUUUAGAUGAUCGAUAUCGACUUGUAAUGUGAAGACAAACUCGCGGUCUCGAGACUUGUAAUAUAAUGUUCUA